AUGGCUGGAAAGAAGGGUCAGGACAAUAGCAAGAAGGCGGCCGGCCAGGCGCGCAAGGCCGACGCUGCGGCCCAGAAGGCUGCUGCCGAAGACGCAAAGAAGGCCGCUGCCGAAGCCGCCGAGUGGGAUAAGGGAGCCAAAAGCAACGCUAAGAAGGAGGCCGAAGCCGCGAAAAAGGCCGAGGCGGCGCGCAAGAAGGCAGAGAGAGAGGCACUUCUGAAGGAGGAAGAGAAGAAUACCCCGGGGCGUACGCAACCCAAGAAUGCAAAGACGGCGGUCAGGAAGACAAGGGGUCUUGACCUGUCACAGCUGGACGAUGACGGCAGUGGCCCUCUUGCGACUCUUAACGCAUCGGGUAUUGACAACGCUCUGGAUGCGUUGUCGUUAACCACAUCUUCAGCCGUCGACAAGAUUGACCGGCAUCCCGAGAGACGCUUCAAGGCAGCAUAUGCGGCGUUUGAGGAACGACGACUUGCAGAGAUGGAGAAGGACGGCAGUGGCCAAGGUUUGCGCCUGAACCAGAAGAAGGAGAAGAUCAAGAAGGAGUUCGAGAAGCACCCAGACAACCCCUUCAAUCAGGUGACUGCGCGCUACGACGCCUCCAGGGAAGAGUUGGCCCAGCUCAAGGAGCAAGAACGUACCAAGAUCGAGGCCCGACUUGGGUCCAGACGUUAA